CUCAGGAUAUUUUUAAUAAAUUCAAGAAGCUUUCUAACUGUAAGAGCUAAGCUCUAUGAUAUAUACACGUAUAUAAGGAGAAAGUUCUUUUUAAGGUAUCUUAAAAGACUAUAAAAGUGUGUUAUUUUUAGAAGGAACGUGUUCGAAAAGUAGCGCGAGGAAGUACUACCGAAUUAGGAAGUGGCCCCUUAGCCCCCUUAGCAGUGUGUAGACUUUUUGCACCCUACUGUAAGUGUUGUUCAAGAGGAGUACUCGAUCAAAAACAAUCUGACUUCAGUGCAAGGCAUCCAGGCAGCAAAUUCCUGUCGUCCAGGACUGUCCUUAAGGAAGGAAACCGUCCCAAGGCGAUCCGAGGAACGUUCCUAGAAUUGAAUAAAUUUCUAAGAAGUAACUGCUGUAUCUGCAGAUAAUCCUGAGACGGUUCAUUUACCCCUGCCUUCGCACGACCUUGUGUGCUCGUAUGUCUCUCGGGAAUUUGUAAUUCGUGACAUGUGACUCUAACCAGAAUAGGCACUUACUAAGGUAGGCUCGGUAGGUACCUUAGUCCUGGCUCGCUUAGUGGCUAGCGCGUAUCUGUCCGCACCAACGCAAUGCUUCAAUUUUUGCACCUCAGGGUUUCUUGAAUCUUGACCCUGAUCAUCAACAACACCGUCGACAAACCGCAACAAUGGGUAUCGAUCUUGACGCCCACCACGUCCGGAGCACUCAUCGCAAGGCGCCCAAGAGUGACAAUGUCUAUCUCAAGCUCCUUGUGAAGCUUUACCGCUUCCUGGCGCGCCGCACAGAGUCAUCAUUCAACAAGGUCGUACUCCGCCGCCUGUUCAUGUCCCGCAUCAACAGACCCCCAGUCUCGAUCUCUCGAAUCGUUGCGAACACUUCCGAGAAGUCGAAUAACAAGACCGUCGUUAUUAUUGGCACUGUCACUGAUGACAACCGUCUCCUGACCGUGCCAAAGCUCAGCGUCGCGGCUCUCCGCUUCACUGCUACUGCCCGUGCGCGCAUUGUUGCUGCUGGUGGAGAAGUCUUAACUCUCGAUCAAUUGGCUCUCCGGGCUCCCACCGGAAGCAACACCCUUCUCCUCAGAGGUCCCAAGAACUCUAGAGAGGCCGUGAAGCACUUUGGCUUUGGUCCUCACAAGCAUAAGAAGCCAUAUGUUGAGUCGAAGGGUCGCAAAUUCGAGAAGGCCCGUGGACGUAGACGCUCCAGAGGUUUCAAGGUCUAAAUGUAACUACACUGGUAUUAUGGGUGUCAUGGAUAUCUGGCCUUGGCAAGCAAGAUAUGCCCCGAGACAAAUUGGACCUCUUUUCGGUUUAUUAUGGCGAGCAUGGCG